AGCGUAUAAAGCUGCACUAGGGUCUUACUGGAGGACUUGGACCUCAAAGAAGGAUUCAGGGAUGAGCUGGGAUGGUUCAUGCCAAUCUCUGUUUCAUUCAUUUGAGGUCUCAGUACAUGUCUAGGUAUGGAGCCCACAGCCUCUCUCCAGGCUUGGUGGACAUAAAGGGAGACAGGACAAACCCUUGGCAUGGCAAAAUGCCUGGAGCUUAUGUGCUCUGAGAGCACCACAGUGCUGGGUGCCAAGGGUCUCCUGGGUGGUGCCCUCUGUGACGUUUACAGUUGCUAUUGGCUAGAGGGUCCCUUUGCAUCCCUAGGCCAAGUGUUUCGGUCGGCUGCCCUCAUCGCAGUCAAAUUCUGAAGUGUGGUUUCUCUGGGGAAUGCCCUGGGCAGAGGCUUUCCUCUUUCAAUAUUGCUUGGCAUUGAACUCUUGGCAUUAACCAAAGCUGCCUAACCCUGUCUGUUGGGAUUGGGCUGGUGCUCCUACUUCCUGGCAGCCACCCACCCCAGAGUCUGUUCAGUUUCUAGACACUUUGCCUCCUGUAUCCCAGCUCCUCCUUCAACUAACCUGCCUCAGUGUUUGGGGGGAAAACUCGGGACCCUCCCUAGAGUUUCUUCCCUAGCACGCUGUCUGUUUGUCUUGUGAGUUAUAACAAUGAUGGGCAUUCACUCUCCCCCUUUCCCGUUUCCCUCUUUACUGCUGACUCCCUUUCUCCCCAAGGUGCUGAUCCUCACUUAGGCUUUUCACUUACUUUUUUCUUGGCCGAACCCUUUUCUAGUUCAGCACUGGCUGUUCUUUGCUGACAGGUGGGGCUCAGGCUUCACCUUGGCACAGGGGAAAUUGCUGCCUCUGCUUGCCUCUCACAUCCUGAUCUCUUCCUCAAGUUCGUCCCCAGCACUCAAGGCUAUGGGCUCUGCUCAGUGGGCGGAGUGGGAUUAAAGAUGGGCACCAGCCGCAGUGGCACAUGGGCUAGUGCUUAGCUGGGGAGGAGGUAGAAAAUUCGGAACUAUAGUGAUUCCUGUAUAUUCCUGCAUAGCCAGUGCCAGAGGGUUGGGUGAAGGACAUUUUUUGCUCAGGGUAGAUUGUGUGUUGAGUAAGAUGGGUAGACAGGGAAGAAGGAAGGAGCUGGCCUAGUCCAGGAGUUCCAGAUCUCUUAUGUCAUAGCUCUCAGAUGGAGGCCUGGGAUCCUGGGGCAUGUGUAGUAGCCCCCUGAUUCAUUGCUUUGCUUCAAAAGAAAAUGUAACCCGAGGCCUAGGAUCUCAGCUUAAGGACAGAUCCUCCUUUCUGAGAAUCUCUGUGCUGGGAUGGGUACACUCUGUUUGGUGAAGGGGCUUGCAUGCUCCAUUUUGAAUGCAAUAAAGGCAAUGAGUGCUUGUCUGCUUGGUUUUCCUUUCUUUAGUUGUGGAUGCUGACAUUAUGGUCCUUUCCCUUCUGAAUGAUCAACCAACAAACAUUUAUUAAGCACCUACUCUAUGCCAGGCACUGGGCUAAACUGUGGAGAUUACAAAGAAAGGAAAAUUAUCAUUCCUGCUCUUAAAGAACUUGAAUUCUAAUGGGGUUGUUGUCCCUUGAAUUUCUGGGUUCUUGUGUCUCUGACUUGGGCAUCAAACAGAUAAAAAAAUGAACCAGACCCAGAUUUCAGUCUCCCCCCUCCCAGAGAGCCAUCUCAUAGAAUGAAUACUAUUUUUUAAAGAAAAAAAGAAAAAGAAGAGAAAAAUCUGUAAAUUGAUUGAUUUACAUCAAAAAAGUCUGAAAAUGUGUGAUGCAUACCACCUAUGGACCUCCCACCUCCACCAAGAGAUGGGCUGGGAGUGUACUCUCUUGUCUCUUCUUUCUUUCAGAUUUAUGCUCCUCAAUUUAUUCUCUGAAGGCACACUACGCAUCUCAAGCCCACCAAGCUGGCUUCUGUCCUUUUGUCAUCACCAGCCCUUUGCUAGCUCUACUUACCUCUUGCUAGAGAAAUAGUUGAGAAGAAGCUUGUGAUAGUAAGAGGAGGAACAGAGCUAGGGGCCUUUGGGAAAGUUCAGCUGUAGAGGUUCAGUCCUCCCACAGUCGGUGGGAUUUAUCUUUGUUGCUUCUGCUGCCAUUUUCAGGAAGUGCUUAGCCUAGAACAAGGCUAGCCUGAUCACUCUCACUCCCCACACAAGGCCCAUGCUAGCCUCCCUAUGCUCCUGCCUGGUCAGUGUCUCCAUUUCCCCGCCAGUUUGUUAUUUCUUUGAAUAGCGAUGACAAUAACUCUUAUGCUUAUGACACUUUUAGGCAUUACAAAGUCCUUUAUUCAUAGCAACCCUGAAAGGCUGGCAACACAAACAUUCUUAGCCUUGUAGACAGGUAGGCGAACUGAAGUUGGGUGGAUUGUUUGGGCCCACAUCUAGUGAGUUUCAUAUUAGAAAAAUUCAUUUAAUGAAUAUUUAUUAAGCGCCUGUUGUACACAAACCAAGAAACAUCAUAUUUGGCGGAUAGAGUGCUGAACUUGGAGGCAAGAAGACUUGGUUUCAGAGUCUACCCUUAGCAUUUACUGUAUGACUAUGGGCAAGUCAUUUAACAUCUCUGAAUACCAGGCAACCAGACUGUAAUGCAUGGAUGGGCAGCUAGGUGGUAUGGUUGAUAAGAAUGCUGGGAUUUAAAGUCAGAAGACCUGAACACAGAAUUCUACCUCUCACAUUUACUAGGUAUGAUAGUAAGUUUCAGAUUAGAAAAGUCAUUCAACAAACCUGUUAUAUGCAAAUCACAAAGCAUUAUAUUUAGUGGGCAAAUGACAAUCUUUCUCUGCUUCUGUUUCUUUAUAAAAUAGUAACACCAAUCUCCCUGGGUUAUUGUAAGAACCAAACGUUUUAAUAGAUAAAUGAACAAAUGAAUAAAGCAUAAAUUCGUCACUUCCCUGCCCUCAAGGAGUUUUUAUUCCUUUUUUAAAACUCUAAUAUUUUUUGUCUUCGAAUCAAUGCUGUGUAUUGGUUCCAAAGCAGAAGAGAAGUAAGGGUUAGGAAAUGGGGUUUAAAUGAUUUGCCCAGGGUAAUCCAGCUCAGAAGUGUCUGAGGCCACAUUGGAACCCAGGACCUCCUGUCUCUGGGUCUGGCUCUCAGUCUACUGAGUCACCUAACUGCCUCUUAGGAGCUUUUAUUCUAAAUAGAAUCACAUAGAAUGUUUUAGCUUCAAGUCAAAUGGGAAGGUAUUUUUCUACUCUAAGGACAAAGUGUAGGGGCAAAUCAGGGACGCAAUACCUUUAAUUUAUUUUAUUUUAUUUUAUUUUUAUUCUAUUUAUACAUAUUAUUUAUUAUAUUUAAUGUAUUAAAUAUUAUUUAAUUUUAGUAUUAUUUAUUAUUAUAAUUAUUUUAUUAUUAUUAAUUCUUUAAUGUCAUUUUCACUCAUUAAAUCAAAUCAGUUUAGAUUCUGAGCCAGAAGGGACCUUAGAGACCAAAGAUUCCAUCCCCAUUCUUUUAAAUAUAAGGAGACCGAGGCAAACAGAGAUUAAGUGACUUGCCAGUAGUCACUUACUAUAGCUAGUAAGUGUCUGAAGCAGCAUUCAAGCCCAUCUUCCUGAUUCUAUUUUUAAGCUUUGAAAAUCUUAGAGUGUUCUGUAAGUGCUAGCUUUUCUUCUCUGACAUUGCUACCCCAAACCUGAUACUGCAACAGUCUUCGAUUUAGUUUGGUUUCCUGCCUCAUCUCUCCCCACUCUAGUCCAUCUUCUGCUCAGCUCCCCGAGUGAUUUUCCCAAAGUGAAGGUCUGACCAUGUUAUUCCCCCACUCAAUAAAUUUCAGUGGCUCCUCAUUACUUCUAGGGUCAAAUGUAAAAUCUUCUGUAUGGCGUUCAAAGUUUAUCCAGAGGCUGGUGCUUCCCCACUUUUCCAGUCUUUAAGCUUUACCUCAUUUCCUUCACAUAAUCUGCUAUACCCAUCUUCCAACAACUGGUCAUUUUCACUAGCUGUCUCUUAUGCUUGGAACUUUCUCUUUCUUCCUCUCCAGCUCCAGACUUCCUUCAAGUCACAGCUUAAAUCCUCUGUUCUGUAAGAAGUUUUCCCGAAGCCUCCUUAUUUUAGGGUCUUUCCUCUGAGAUGAGAUUAUCUCUAAUUUAUCUUGUCUACAUAUUUUACUGCUACAAAGUAAUUUUCACAUUGUCUCCCAUUAGGUUGUGGGCUUUGAGGGCAGAGACUUUCCCCCAUCCCUCUGUCUGUGAAUUCCCAGGAGAUGGUAGAAGUUUACUAAAUGUUGUUGCCUUGAUUUAUCUCAUAUUGCCAGUGGAGAUCUCCUGCUCCCCAAUCUGAUGAGAGACACAAAGGUGAAUGAGUCCUGGAGACAAGUCUUCAACCCCUCCACAGAGUGAUCUUGAGUAAAACUCACUCUUCAUUAAGUAAGCUUGUAAAAUUUUCCCCUUUAGACUGGGAGAGGUCCUACUUCCUCAAACUGAAAAAUUACAUAGUUUCACCACAGGGACAGGGUUGAUAACAUCUAAUGAUCCCGCCCUGGUAGUAAGUCCCCAGGGACGCUUCAGACAAGGAUCACAAGAGGAUUUUGCUACUCUGAUCUGCCAGCUCUGAAAGAACCAGGAAAUGGAUGACGAAAAACAUGGAAGACAAAAGGCCAUUCAUCUUGCUACCUUGGAGAAUGGUGUGGAGAACCUGGGAAUAGAAUUCAUGGAGGAAAUCCAGGACCCUGGCGAACAUGUGUGGGAUGAGGAGCGAGGCACUGGUGUGGAUGCUGGGACCAGGCUCCCCCCACUUUGGAGGAGAAGAUUGCAGCCUGCUUUGAAAGCCAAAGAGUUUUUCAGCCACCAUGCUGAAUUGUUUCGAUGGAUCCUCUUGGGCCUGGUGUGUACAGCCUAUGCUGCUUUCCUGCUGACAGCCUGUAUCCUGGAUUUCCAGAGAGCUCUGGCUUUGUUCAUCCUCACCUGUGUAGUCCUUUUCUUUAUGGCCCACAACCUGUUCAAGAAACUUUGGGGAAAGAAGCUGUUAAGAUUUCUGAAGCCCCUCAAUAAUCCAACGUUGAAACUCUGGCUAAAACGGUGCCUAAUAGCGGCUGCUUUGGUGGGCCUGGUAUUGUGGCUGGCUCUGGACACCUCCCAACGGCCGGAACAGCUGGUGUCCUUUGCUGGCAUCUGCAUGUUCAUCUUCCUCCUCUUUGCCUGCUCGAAACAUCACCUCUCAGUGUCCUGGAGAGCGGUAUCAUGGGGCCUUGGUCUGCAGUUUGUGCUCGGCAUCUUUGUUAUCAGAACGGAACCUGGAUUUAUAGCAUUCCAGUGGCUGGGAGACCAGAUCCAGAUUUUCCUGGACUAUACGACAGUUGGUUCCAGUUUUGUCUUUGGGGACACGCUGGUCAAGGAUGUCUUUGCCUUUCAGGUAUUACCAAUCAUCAUCUUCUUUAGCUGUGUGAUGUCUAUUCUCUACUAUAUGGGUCUCAUGCAGUGGCUGAUCUUGAAGAUCUCCUGGUUGAUGCAGGUCACCAUGGGAACCACAGCCACAGAGACCCUAAGCGUGGCAGGAAACAUCUUUGUGAGUCAAACAGAAUCUCCUCUACUGAUCCGGCCAUACCUUGAGGAUAUGACACUCUCUGAAAUUCACGUUGUUAUGACAGGAGGUUAUGCCACCAUCGCGGGCAGCUUGUUGGGUGCCUACAUUUCUUUUGGGAUUGAUGCUGCAUCUCUGAUUGCUGCCUCUGUGAUGGCUGCCCCUUGUGCUCUGGCCCUGUCCAAACUAGUCUACCCAGAAGUGGAAAAAUCCAAGUUCCAGAAUAAAGAGGGGGUGAAACUGUCCUAUGGGGAGGCUCAGAACCUUUUGGAAGCCACCACAAGUGGAGCUGCCAUCUCUAUAGGGGUCAUUGCAAACAUUGCCGCCAACCUGAUUGCUUUCUUGGCUGUGUUAGCCUUCAUUAAUGCUGCUCUGUCCUGGCUGGGGGAGAUGGUGGACAUCCAGGAGCUCAGCUUCCAGCUCAUCUGCUCUUACAUUUUGCGUCCUGUGGCAUUCAUGCUGGGAGUGGACUGGGCAGAUUGUCCCAUCGUGGCUGAACUGCUGGGCAUCAAGCUGUUUCUGAAUGAAUUUGUGGCUUAUCAGGAGCUGUCGGGGUACAAGAAUAGGCGUCUAGCAGGAGUCGAAGAGUGGAUUGGGGACAAGAAGCAGUGGAUUUCCAUCAGAGCAGAAAUCAUCACCACAUUUGCUCUCUGUGGAUUUGCCAAUUUCAGCUCCAUUGGUAUCAUGCUGGGAGGUCUAACCUCAAUGGUUCCCCAUCGGAAGAGUGAGUUCUCCAAGAUUGUGAUGAGUGCUCUACUGACUGGUGCCUGUGUAUCCCUAGUCAAUGCCUGUGUGGCAGGAAUCCUUUAUGUGCCCAGAGGACCAGAAAUCAAUUGCUUCUCCUUCCUCAACACAAGUUUUACAGUCAGCAGCUAUGACAGCUAUGUGUGUUGUAAGAAGGUCUUCCAGAGCGUGAUACUCACAGGUACCAAUUCCUCCUCCUUCACUGGCUCCAGGAUGGAUUUUACCACAGAUAUGUUGGACAAUUGCUGCAAAUUUUACAACCACACUGCCUGUGCAUAGUAUGAGUAUCAAUUCUCUUUUCAGGGCUAUCCUGCCUGAGAGGCAACCUCUCCACUCAACAGUCCCAUUCCUUAUAUUUUCUCUAGUCUUCAUUUAUCUCUAAGUCAUUAACAUUCCAGUGAGCACUUAAAAUGACUUACAGCUAGUGGAAAAACUUGGGGCUUGGGGGUUGGGAUAGCAGAGUUCUAGGUCCAGUUCUAUAACAAAAGUGACUGUAUUAGUUGAAAAAGUCACUUAAAAUCUCUGGGCCUUAGGUUCCUCUUGUAUAAAAUAAGAGACUUGAAAUACAAAUACUGAGAUUGGCAGAACAAAACUAGAGAAUUUAAAAACCUCAACCUCAGAAAAAAGAAUCAAACAAGUUAUAAAUAACUCCCCAAUAAAAGAUGACUAGGAUGAGAUAGAUUUACAUUCUAUCCAACAUUCAAAGAACAAUAAAUCCCAAUAUUAUGUAAACUUUCAGUGAAAGUAGAAAUUUCUUCUAUGAUACAAAUAUGACCUUAUGAUCCUAAUAGCUAAAAUAGGUAGGGAAAGAGCAGAGAAAGAAAAUUCUAGGCCAAUGUCUCUAAUGAAUAUCGACACAAAAGUAUUGAAGAAAAUAUUAGCAAAAACACUACAGCAACAUGUUAGGAAUCAGUGUUAUGAAAAUAUAAAUAAAUAGGCUAUUAUUAAAACAAAAUAACAUGAUUACAUUAAUAGUUGCGGAAAAAGCUUUUGACAAAAUAUGACACACUCAUUCCAUAUAAAAAAUUGAAAAGCACAGAGAUAAAAACAUUUCCUUAAUAUGUUAAAUAUUUUUUAAAACCUCAAACUGAGUCAGUAUCAUAUGUAACAGAAAAAUACUAGUAGCCUUUCCAAUAAUAUCAGAGGUAAAGCAAGGAUGUCUACUAUCGUCAUUGCUAUUUGACAACUUAAUAGAUAUAACUAUUGCAAAAUAAAUUGAGAAAAUAAGCACAAGCAAGGAGGAAAUGAAAUGAUUAGUUUUUGAGGAUGACAUCCUGAAUUAAUUAAAGAAUCCUGUAAAAAGGAAUUCUUUAAUUUCUUUAAUUUAAUGGGGGACUGGAGAUCCUCUUGCCAUAGAGAUGUAUAGGGAUUAAGCAGCCCACAGUGACAGGAAGGAAGACCUGAGAGCCCCCUGCUGAGCCAGUGUCAGUUGCAGGCUGUCAGUUGCUGAGAUUUGGAGAGGGAGUUGCUGGCAAUUGGUGGAGAAAUUGUUGACAACUAGGGCUGGCAGUUGCAGGGAAGUUGGCUGCUGGGCAUGAGUUGGUCAUUGGGAUUUGGUUGCUGGUAGUGUGAGUUGGUGUUUAGUUAUAUAAAAGCAGGCCUGAGCUUACUGAGGGGGCUUUUGGCUUAAGCCUUGAGAGGGCUUUUGCCUCUGGACCUUGAGGGAGCAGGAGUCUAUCUCUGAGGCAAGGGGCAACUAGCAGUUAAACACUGGCAGUUGAAGGAUAAACCUUAUUUAAGGAGGUCAUGGGUGGUGGCUGUUUAUUUGUUAGUGUAGAUAGAUAGUUAGUGAAUCAAUUUUAGGUAGAGUAGGUUAGAUUAGGCCUGAUCUGGCCAGGCAGAAGAACCUGUCUUUGAAGACAGUUAGAGUAGAGUUUUUAAAAAUUUUAGGUAGUAUUAGGAAUUUUAGGUAUAUUUAUAGGGUAUAAGAUUAGUAAUCUCUCUUUCCUCUUUUCUAUCUUUCUAUAUGUAUAUUGUUAAUUGUUAAAAACUGCUAGAAGUUUUCUCUGGCUUAAAUUUUAUAUUAAUAUUAAUAUUAAUUUACAACUCUACUAUAUUCUUAUUAAAACUUAAAUUAUUAAAAGCUGCUCUCUUAUUUUGUCAAAAUACCUAUUUUAACCGUUACAAUCCUAAUGACUGAACAAAAAUUAAAACAAUAACAUUAGCAAAAUAACAAGAUGCAUAAUAAAUCAAUACAAAAACACUAACCUUUCUGUAUUACCAACAAAAUUCAGUAGAAAGAAAUAGAAAGAGAAAUUCCAUUCAAAAUAACUAAAGAAGGUAUAAAAUAUUUGGGUAUCCAUCUUCUAAGACACAAACAGGAAUUAUAGAAAUACAACUAUAAUAUAAUUUUAAUAGAAAUAUAAACCUAAAUAACUGAUAUACUAAUAUUAUAUUAUUAUUAAUUGCUAGUUUAUAUUAAUUGAUCAUGGAUAAGCCAUACUAAUAUAAUAAAAAUAUUACCUAGAUUAACUUAUUUAGUAUUAAGCAGUCAAAAUAAUAAAAGGCUUACUUUAUAGAGCUAUAAAAAUAAAAUUCAUCUGAAGAAACAAAAAUUUAAAAUUCUUGAGGGAAAUAAUAAAAAAAGUGGGAAAAAGUUGGGGCAUAGCAGUACCAGUUCUCCAACUGUGCUACAAAACAUUAAUCAUUCAACUAUUUGAUACUGCUUAAAAACUAGAAAAGUUGAUUAGUGGAACAGAUUAGGAAUAUAAGACCCCAAGCUAAACAGACACAGUAGCAUAGUAUUCAAUAAACCCAGAGAAAACAAUGACAGAAAUAAGGACUUCUAGCCCUUAUUUGACAUAAAACUGCUAAGCAGCUGAAAAGCACUCUGACAGAAAUUAGUUUUAGAGCAAUAUCUCAUACCAUAUGCCACAAUCAGCUCCAGAUGGAUAUGUGACUUAGAUAUAAAAACUCAUAGCAUAAGCCAAUUUGAAUCCAAUGGAAGGAUAUACCAUUCACAAUUAUGGAUGGGGAAAGAGUUCCUCACUAAAAAAAUAGAACAAUUGGAGAAAAAUGGACACUUUUCAUUAUGUAGAAUUGAAAAACUUUUGCUUAAACAAAAUCAAUUUAUCUAAAGUCAGAAGGGUAAUAAUUAAAUGGGGAAGUAGAGAGAAACCUUUUCAUCAUCAAUUUUCUAGAGUCAGGAGUACACAUUACAUUCAUCUGAAUUCUAAUAUGUAUGAUGCUGUUUCUUUACAUUAUUGUGUACAUUUUUUGAUGGUGCUUACUUUUUUCUGUAUCCAUUUGGAAAAGUCUUUCCAACUUUCUCCAAACUCUUCAUGUUUGUCCUUUCUUGUGGCACAAUAAUAUUCCAUUAAUUCAUAUAUCAAUCUGUCCAACCAUUACUCAGUCUUUGUUUCCAGCUAGUGGUCUACAGAUACAAGAUGAGGGAUGUAUUGGUUAAUGUGAUAAAUGUGUUAGCCUGUUUUGCUUAAUUCUACUUCUUGUGCAAACAAGAGGUGGAAAUUUUAACCAUGAUGUAAAAAAGAUAUCAAUAAAAUAUAAAAUAAAAUAGACCAUUUCUCACAA